UCAAUGUACGAUAUUAUUCAAAAUAUCACCAGACUGGAAUAAAGUUGAUCGUUUUUUAUUACACGGACGAGAUUUUCUCACGCAUACAGAAGGAAGUGACGGGAUAAAAAUGGAUCUCUUCAUUAAUGACCAGGAACUUUGCGUGGAGUUGCGAGCAACACGUAUCAAAAAAUCACCAGUGAUGUUGGAAGAUAUUUGUUUACCGCAAAAUCUUUUAAUAGAAUUCAUGGCAGAUCCAGAGGGUUCCAUUGAUUUAAAACCAUUUGGACAUCCAUGGGUUCACGUAUUGCCCAGUAUGAAGAGAGGUAUGGUCAUUUCGGUUUCCAAGCAAAUACCAAAAGCUUGUCCCUUCAAAAGUUACGACGAGCUACGAAGACAUUGGAAAAAUAUGCACGGCUAUCGAUUACCAAAAGUAGAGGAAGGAAUCAUAUAUUACGAAAUCCACUUCCCAAUUGCUCAAAGCAACACUUUCACGUAUCCCAAUGUUUGUCUGGCAAAUUCUUUAAAGAUUCUUCGCAAUGGGAAACCGGAAAUUAUCGCCGAUCGAUUUGCGCAGAAUUUUAUGAAAAAGAUAACAAGUGUGUGUGGAACACGAAUAUGGAUAAAUCGUGGUCGCGAUUUGUUAAAUACUAAGGAACUGUUCUUAACAACUAAUAAAAAUAUUGCGACUCUGCAAUCAGAAUCUAAUCCAACAUGGAAUUGUGCGUCGACUUCAUCAAAUGCUGUAGAAUCAUCAGUUAAUUUAACAUUUUCCGACACUUGUGCUAAUGAACUGUGCAGAAAUAUCAGUGGUUUAAUGUCACCAACUCAAAGUUUGCGUGGAAGUAUAACGCAAGAGGCAAUUGAUAUAUUCAAAACUCCAUGCCUGAUGGAUGCAAAUUUGGAUUCGAAGAAAAUUUGGAUCAAUGAUAAAUAUUUAAAUUAUCGAAAGAAUGAAAGUAAUAUUGAUACUAUAAAUAACAAUAGCUCUAAAGGUAACAAGGAUUUGUACUGUCAAAAAGUUCUUCCGAUAUACGAAUGGGAAAGUCAAAAAGUAAAUUCUGUGAAAAAAUUGGAAAUAUCAUCCGAGACUACAAAUCAUUCACAAACAGCGAAUCAAUGUGAAUCACAAUUACCGAGGAAUCGUCAAAUUGAGUUAAACGAGCCGAUAACAAAACGAAUACUGAAACAAUCUCAAAUUGAUUCAUCGCAAAAUCAAAUGAACAAUUUAAACACGAUAGAAAAUAAGCAGUUGAUAACAUAUUUUUUUAAAGAGCAAAAAUCGGUUCAACAGACAACCAGUACAAGUAACAAAAGAGAAUUUGAAUCAUUCAACAUGGCCUCACGUGAAAGCAGAGACGAUAGUCAGUCGCAGAAACAAAGUCAAGAAAUGCUAGUGGAUAAUCAGAGCAAGAAGAGGAGAAUGGAAGUGAGUCGAAAUAUCAGUAUAGAAGACUUGGCAAAACAGAAUAAACUCGAUCAGUUAACUGUACCUGAAUUAAGAAACUGGCUGAAGGAACGUUGCAUUCCGUUUAAAGGACAAGAUCGAAAAUCUAGCUUAAUUAGGGUAAUAAUUUCACAUGUAAAAAAUACGCAACUUCUAACGGAGCGGCUUAAGUUAUAAGAUAGUCAUAUAUUUAAUAAUCUGAAUA